AUUUACGGGAAGGCGGAAAGGCGAACAGGGUCCUUGGAUGUAGUAAAGUUCGAGGCGAAGGAAAUGAAAGUUUACAAACGACAAGCUCAACUACCAACGCUUCCCGUCAUGGAGGAUCGAAUUUAAUAAUUUCCCGCACUUACACCUUUCCGUGUCGACAAGUCAUAUUCGAGCUGGAAAUGCCGGUUCGGAAAGCUAUACCGCGCAAAGAAACCCGGAUACUAACCUAUAGCAAUUAGAAGACAUGGCCGAACAGCGAGUUUUCACGCCUUCCGGCUCACGGGGCGCUGUUCGACGACACUUUCGUUCGAGCUCCCAGUCUCAGUCGCAGUCUCCUGCUCACAAUUCCCAUCGUCCUAUCGACGACUUGCUUUCUCAGCUUACACCUCUUUCGGCAGUAGAUGCUCUCCGAUUCCCUACGGGAGCCUUAAAAACAUGUAUGGACAGAGCCUCGGCCUCCGAGCAGGCCUUUGCGAUGAAAACGGCGACCGCCUCCCAGAAGAUACAUGAGUGGUUCGAUGAGCUCUCCAGCUGGCCUUGGCCCAAGGACAACUCUUCCGCCGGGUUCAAGAUGCCUUCUAACAAGGGCAGCAGCCCAUCCGACCCGAAGACACCAGGAGAUGAUUCUAACGACGAGUUGGCGGAAACUGGUCUGCUUUUCGAUGGAGGUUAUCUUGGUAGUCUUCCUGCCGCCGAUGUGGAUCGAUACGAGAAACGGGUCGAAAAAAUACAACGAGAGUUGGACGACCUAGACCUCGAGGAGAUUAAAAAACAAGUUCUACACAAUCAUAUUAUGCCACUUUCCCGACCUGGCACUCCACUAUUCGAAGGUGACCGCUCGCUUACGUCCACUCUUAUGUUCUCGAAGAUGGAAGAUCUGACUGCGGUCGUUACUGCGAUAAUCGUACAGGCCCUUCCUUGCCUGUCCAGACUGUCCAGACUGCUGAGUAUGUGGAGCGCGCGUUUUGUGGUCCUGCGAAAAGUACCGUCAUUACAUUUUAUGAUGGCAGAUGCCAAGAUGGCAUUGCGUUCCGGCUGGAACGCCAUCGACUCGGCCGAGUCACGCCCUCCAAGCUCGGCCGGACACGAUAACAUGAAAAAGAAGCCUCGCCGACUUUCCAGGAAUGAAUUUGAGAUCAUAAAGGGCGUCAUACAAAAGAAGAUAAUGAAACCAGGCCAAGUCCUAGACUCUAUGCUUGACUCUCUAGAGGGAUCAACAGAUACUUUACCGGAUGAGUGGUUGGACCGCAUGGAGGCGAUUGAAAAAGAUUAUACUUCGUGGGAGACGACCGCUGAGCAGAAAGUCCGAGAGAACGAGGGGUCUGCUCCAUUUAAGGGAUAUCCCGCGCACGGGUCUCAUACCGGACCAGAAACCCCCCGACCAAAAAUAAAGGUCCAUGGUCCAAGCCCAACUAGAGAUCUACCUGAUGUUAGUCAGUUUGCCUCACCUCCGAUGCCAUUCGAACAAUCCUCGGCAAUUAGACCAGGACGAAGGCCAAGCUUACCCAACCCCGGGCCGUCGCGGAGAAGAUCUACGGUUUCUUCCCGGAAGGAGGGCGGGGUGAGACUCUUGACCGAGGAACGAAGUAAGAUCAUUCGGAGGUCAGCUUCGCAAACCUUCGAACCAGCAAGACACGUAGCGUCUCGACGUGCUAUGGGCCCAGGAAGUACGGCCAGAGGAGCAAGCUUCAGUUACGACGGUGCUCAUGAAGGGAGACCCGCAAAGAUCCCAACAGCCAAGUCGACGGGCGUGCUACCCAAUUCUGCACGUCUUCCCCAUGUUAAACAACCUCGAGGUCAGGUACAAGACAAAUAUAGAAAUAGCCGAAAUGGUCCAGUCCUAGGUGAAGUUAAUCGCAACAUGGUCCGCAGCCAUUCCCAAGAAUCCAACAAAUCCGAUACAGCAGUUGGGGGCGGGGCGGCUUUACUCGAGGAUGAUAUUGACUUGUUGGAACCUUCGGUUCUGGAAGCAGUGGAUGAGGAACGUGAAGAACCUGAGUUGCCCCCAGCCCGGUUCGAAGAACGAAAGAGCAGCACGGGAUCUGUCGCUUCCACGGUCAUUCAUGACCCCCUUGACGGUGGAGUCUUUCUAGGUCACUCUGAUAAUGGGUCCUUCAGAGAGGGGUCUAUGGAACCAGAUCUACCACGUUUAGCGGACCCCGAUGAGCCAUUCUCGAGUGAUGGUAUGAGUCCACCUAGCUCUCCACCCAUGCGAUACAAGAAUCGGUCUACCUCGGUUACUUUUAAGGAUGUUCCUGAGGUUGCGCACUUGCCACAUGCCAGUAGCACUCCACCCCAGAGCCCUAUCGAGUCACCAGAGACCAUAGACGGUGAUGGCUCUUUCGAAUACGAUAGCCAGUCCGGCAGUCCAGGCCGUAUGAGCUCUCUUAACGAAGAUGAACAUCUUCAACAACAGAUUAGCAAUCUUCUUGAGUCUAUCCCGGCUAGGAUCCGUCUUAAGAGGACCCCUGGCGUCAAUUUGAACCCACCUGACUUUCAGUACCCCUCGCAACCUAAGCCUAAAUCCUCAAAUGGCACACGCCGGAGCAACUCUGCUUUAUCCUCGCGUGGAGGAACACCGUCCUUCUCUCGCAGCGUAACUCCUUCGUUUAUGUUAACCCCAGCGAGAGAGCCUCGGCCCAGGUCAAAAAGCAGCCAAGGAAUUAGAGUUUACCAUUUGUCGCGAUCCACCGGCGAGCCUCCUCUCAAACUAUUGAUUCGUAGUGUGGGAGAGAAUGGCGAGAGAGUUAUGGUACGAAUUGGUGGCGGGUGGGCUGAUUUGGGCGAAUAUCUUCGAGAAUAUGCGAUACAUCACGGCUCACGGUCUAGGGGUGAAGGAAAGGUGGAUAUCAAAGAUGUACCUACCGCACCGCCUGCUGCAGGGUCAAGUCCGACAAGCCGACCCAGCUCUGCCAUGGAUGGUUCUCCAGUUUCGCCUUUGGCAAUUCGCAAGACUAGAAGGAGUGUGGGUUCCGAUGGAGCACCAGUGAAGUUUCCAAAUAUACCAUUUGCUAGUCUUCCAGAAGAUGUGGAGGAGACAUCACCUCCAGAAAUAGCGACUAGGUCACGCUCCUCGUCGCAUAUGGAUUGGGAUGGGGAGGAUAGCGCCCUAGGUCUGGCGGGUCCGAAAGGGAGACGCGUAGACAUGAGUGAUGAAAGCCGGGCUUGGGUCGAGAGUGUGAAGGAGAAGGUCCGAAUUGCUAGCAACGAUCGGGUACCACCUCCGGAGCAACGAGUAGACACGAAGUUUGGCGAGAUGGGUAGAGUCGGCGGUACUAAACGGUUGUUCAGGAAGCACUAGGGAUAUCUCUACGACCCGUAACGU